UUGUGCGACUUUCGUUUUGAUCGAGAGUAUUUUUCAAGAUGGCAGCCUCCAACUCGUGGUGUAAUGGUUUGAAUUCGCAUCAAUUUUGCAAGUUACUGAAAGAAAACAAUGUUAAAGAUUCACGUAAAAAGCUAACUAGUGAUGCUAAAGAAUUGAUCUUGACACAUGAUUGCGACCUGUAUGUCUGGGAUUCGUAUGCGUGUCACCUUAUUUACUUUAAUAUAAAGAACCUGUUACCGGAAGCGAAGCCGAAGGACAAGGCAAAUCGUUAUCAGACAUUACUGUGUACCCAUGCACCCAUGUUUGACGUUGAGGCGUUGACUCUGAGUCCUUCAGGGAGUCACAUUGCUGUCUGGGGUCAGCUUGGAAUUAAGGUCCUUGAGUUGCCACGGCGAUGCGGAAAGUAUGCCGAAUUUGAAGGCGGGAAAGAAAUCAUUGCAUGCAGAACAAUCUCUAUAGCUCAGCGUUACUUUGCGAUCCGCCAGGGUCUGAAGUUACAUCGUGUCAUGUGGCAUCCCGGCAGCAGAUCGGCGGAUCACCUUGCUCUCCUUACAUCAGAUAAUAUCUUCAGUAUUUAUGACAUCUCUGAGCCUGACAAGCCUGUACAGAUGAUCCAUCUUGACGAUGGCGAAUUUGACUUCAACGUUUCUCCGUCGAAAAUGACUCUGAGUACUGCUCUGGGUGAGACGGCGGUGUCGUUUGACUUCGGCCCUCCAGUUGAACUCAAAGUCAAAGAACGUCUAGGCAUCGUCACCAACGAUGAUGACAUCCAGGUCUGGCCAGCCUAUAUUGUCAAGGGAAGCGGUGAUGUUGUCAUUGCCUACACUGCUUUGAACCAGGAGAGACAAAUCAAAUUACCCGUACAAGGCCCACUGGUGAUGCAUCCACCAGCAGACGACAAUUACGGCGUCGAUGCCUGCGCCAUCUUGUGUCUGAACUCGACACCUCCAGUGUUAGUGGUGACGACACGAGAGGGAAAACUGCAUCACUGUUUGGUACUAGCAGGCUGUGAUGAAGCCGAUAUAUCAUUCCAGUCUGACAGUUCAUGGCAGAGGUCAUUCGACAGCAGCAUCUUCCAGAAAAUAGAAGAACCCGCGCUCUUCGUCCUGGAAUCUGUGGAGCUGGAGCUGUCACUAACAACAACAAGAGUAGAAAAUGAUGAAGUCAUCGGGAACGAUUUUACCUGCCCUGUCAGACUUGUGAAAGAUCCUGUGAAUUGUGAACGCUAUCACUGCUGCCAUGGAGCAGGAGUUCACAGUGUUGUGUUGCCAUGGAUACAGAGUAUCCACAAGUUUAUAUCUGAUGUUGAUGGUGGGUGUGCUGGACUGCCUGAAAAUGAGGAGUGUGUUGUUGAACACCUUGUGUGUACAAAACCACUGUCUGCAAGUCCUCCAGCUCCUAUCCUGGGAAUGGAUAUUGUCAAUGAUCCCACUGAGCUCAGUCUGAAACAAACACUGCUUGCUCUGACCAGCGACAUGGAGUUUGUCGCCCUUCCCUUGAGAAUUAAGCACCACAGUCCGAGUGCAGUCCUGUUCUCUGAUUCACCAGGCAGCUCUGUGGAGUCUCCUCUUCGGCAGCUGUACAGAGAACCAUUCCAUAAUCACAUCGAGCGAAUUCUGCAGAGGAACUCUUCAAACCCAUUACUUAAGUCUGGUAAAAAGUCUGAAUUGAGUCAGCAGGAAUGUUUUCAGCUGCUGAGUCGAGCCACACAGGUGUUCCGAGAAGAAUACAUCCAGAAACAGAGUCUGGCGCACCUUGAAAUAGAAACACGUGUGCGUAUUUUGCAAGAACAGAAAAAACUACAGCUCAGUGAUAUACAGAGUCUGCAGGAAUCUAGAAACAUUCUGCGUGACAAAGCACAAGGAAUCGCAGAAAAAAUUGAAACUGCCCGAGAUGAACAAGAGAAAAUUCUGAAAAGGUUGGAAUCUGUUACACGCAAGAUUCAGUCACGGAUUCCCAUGUUGUCCGAUGCUGAGAAAACCAUGCAGCGAGAGCUGAAGCUGAUCAAAGCAAAUCUUGAAACCUACCAAAGGAGUCUGGAGCAGGUUAGCAUCAAGCAGAAGUAUCAAGAACGACAGUUGUCUCAAAAGACUUUAGAAUCAUCGAAGAAUAUCGGAGUGGACCAGAAGCAGGUUGUCCAGCUGAGAGUAAUCAUAAAACACGAAGGUGACGAAAUAUCGGAUCUGAUGAAGAAGGUUAAUCAACUGAAGAUGGAUACCACACUGUGAUUUAAACCAGUUUCCACUUUAUAGGAUUAACAUGUUACUAUGAUGCAUUAGCGAGUCUAAAACAUACAGUUUGAAGCCAAAGGAUUUCACAAAUUAACAAUAAUAAUAAUAAUAAAAUCUUUAUUUAUAGAAGGUAGCUCAGUUAGUUAUAGACUAUUCUCCCCUGAGGCCUUCUUACAAUAAUAAUAAUCAUAUUAAUUAUUAAACAUAAAAACUAACAAAACCAUACAUGUAUGUACAAUAUAUACACCAUAAAAGAUAUUAAGACAUAAUUAUGUUUCUAAGAAGUGUUUGUAACAUUUUUUCUUAAAUAGAUUUAAACUAGUACAUUUUUUAACAUCAUUAGGUAAACUCUUCCAGAUACCAACUCCAGAAAAUUGAAAGCUUUUCUUGUAGUGCUCUAUUUUUGGUUGGGGAGCUAACAUAUUUCCAUCAUCAAUGGAGCGAAGUUUGUAACUUGAUGACAUUGGAUUGAACAGGUCUCUGAGGUACUGAGGAGUAAGUCUGUUUAGUGUUUUAUGUACAAAAAUGGCUUUUUGAUAUUCGACUCUUCUGUUUAUUUUUAGCCACUUUAGUUCAUGAAAAAGUAAAUCAGUUGGAUCACCAUCAGGUGAUUUGUCAAAAAUAAUACGUGCUGUUCUUUUUUGUAAUUUAUUUAUUCUUUCUAAGUCUAAUUUAGAACAAUUUUCCCAUAUAGUCAAGCAGUAAUCGAAUAAUGGUUGAAUAUAAGCAUUAAAAUAACGGAUUCUAAUGUUUAGAGGAAGAUACUUCUUUAUUUUUGCUAGUAGAGUUAUUUUUGAAGUUAGUGCUUUGCAUACCUUGUCAGCUUGUGUAUCCCAUUGAAGGAAACUAUGUAUACCCCAAGGAGCUUAUGAUUUGAUACUUGCUCUAUUUGUGUGUCAUUAACUCUUAAUUCUAUAUCUUUUUGUUUUAUAUAAGAUAAUUUUUGGGCAGUAGUUAUUAAAGUGCUUUUUGUUUUGUAAUGAAAAAUAUGUUUUGAUUUGUAAGAUUUGGACUCCAGAACUUAAGAAAAAUGUUGACACGAAACAUUUUCCUUUGUAGUGUCAAGAGAAUUGUGUCGAAAAAAUUGAUUUUUCCUAUAUGAAAGAAAUUAAUAGCUUAUAGAUCAUUCAAAGGCUAGCUUAUAAAUCAUUUAAAGGCUAGCUUAAAAGGCUAGCUUAUAGAUCAUCCAAAGGCUAGUUUAUAGAUCAUUCAAAGGCUAGCUUAUAGAUCAUCCAAAGGCUAGCUUAUAGAUCAUCCAAAGGCUAGCUUAUAGAUCAUUUAAAGGCUAGCUUAUAGAUCAUUCAAAGGCUAGCUUAUAGAUCAUCCAAAG